AUGUCAGCAGAAGAUUACAAGAAUUUACCAGUGACUGUUGAAAAACCUAUCCCAGUUGUAUAUGACUUGGGUAACUUGGCAGCUUUCGACAGCAACAUUUUGGAUAAAAAUGAUUUAGACUCUUCGAAUGCUAAGCGUGAAGAAAAAAUAAAGAGCCUUACUCGUGACAAUGUUCAGCUACUGAUCAAUCAGCUAUUAUCUUUACCUAUGAAGUCAACAACGGAGUCUGCAGGUGGGACUAGCGGACAAAGUUCUGUAAUGACGUUACUGCAGCUUCCUAAUGCCACCACCGAGCUACCAAGAGAAAAACCAUUACCGAAGGUUAAAGCUAUGACCAAAUGGCAGAAGUUUGCAGCUAAGAAGGGUAUCAAACCAAAGGAGAGAGCAGGUAAGAUGGUUUAUGAUGAAGCAUCUGGCGAAUGGGUUCCAAAAUGGGGUUACAAAGGUGCAAAUAAGAAGUUAGAUGAUCAAUGGCUAGUUGAAGUAGAUGAUAAAGUAAAAGGGACGGACAAUGAAUUGAUUGACCCAAGAACAUUGAAUAGGGCGGAGAGGAAACGGUUGGUCAAAAAGAAUGAAAAACAACAAAAAAGAAAUUUGAAGAAUGCUUUAUGA